UUUCAAGAAAGCAGUCAUCCUGUUGCAAUAGAGGUGAAUUAUAUGUAUGUUUUUUGUUACCUUUGUGAUGAUUAUGUUCUUAAUGAUAAUGCAGCUGGAGACCUGAAGUUACUACGAAGUACAUUAAGUGCAAUUAAAAGUCAAAAUUAUCACUGCACCACUCGCAGGGAAAGGGUUUUACAAUCUAUCGGCAUAAGUGGUGAUUCUUGUUUCUUACAUGAUGGUGCCCAAUCUCUGCUUCAAAAUGAAGAUCAAAUGUAUACUGCUCUUUGGCACAGGAGAAGGAUCCUAAUGGGUAAAAUUUUUCGAAUUUGGUUUGAACAGUCACCCAUUGGAAGAAAAAGGCAAGAAGAAAAAUAUCAGGAAAAAAUAGAAAAUAGAGAAGUGAAGAAAAGACGGCAAGAAUUAGAGCAUCGAGUUAAAGCAGAAUUGGAAAGUAUGCCUCCAAGAAAGAGUCUACGUUUGCAAGGUCUAGCUCUGUCCACCACAAUAGAAUUAGUUCCUGUUCAAGAACCACUACUAACCUCAGCAUCACCAGCAAAAGAUCAAGUAGUAUCUACCUCAGAGGACGUAAGAUAUAAAAAAGCCAGUGACCCCUCAAUUAAACAAAGGCCAAUUGUCAUUCCUGGUGUAACAGGAUUAAGAAAUUUGGGAAAUACUUGCUAUAUGAAUUCUGUUCUUCAAGUGUUGAGUCAUUUACUUAUUUUUCGACAAUGUUUCUUAAAACUUGAUCUGAACCAAUGGCUGUCUGUGACAACGAAUGAUAAGACAAAAUCAUCUUAUAAGCAUCCACCAAUCACAGAUACAGUAUAUCAAGUGAAUGAAUGCCAAGAAAAAGAUAUAUUCUCUGUUCACUCCAGACAUCCAAGUUUAUCAUCCAGACUAAGUGUUGGAACAUCGAAGAGUAGAAAGAUGGAACUUAUUCAGCCAUGGAAGUCAAGUUCACAAUACAUUUCUCUCUGUCAUGAAUUGCAUACUUUGUUCCAAGUCAUGUGGUCUGGAAAGUGGGCCUUCGUCUCACCAUUUGCUAUGCUACACUCAGUGUGGAGACUAAUUCCUGCUUUUCGUGGUUAUGCCCAACAGGAUGCUCAGGAAUUUCUUUGUGAACUCUUGGAUAAAAUACAACAUGAACUAGAGACAACUGGUACCAGGUUACCAGCUCUUAUCCCCACUUCUCAAAGGAAACUUAUCAAACAGGUUUUAAAUGUUGUGAAUAAUAUUUUUCAUGGACAACUUCUUAGUCAG